AAUUGAAAAUGUUUUAUUCUUGGGUGCUUUUAUGAUGAAAGUAAUAAAAUUAGCACUACAGCUGAUCCAGUCAGUGCUUGCAGUUGGAGCAAAAUAGGAAUGGUCGCAGAAGCUUUAUUAUUCUUCUAGAACUGUUAAUCUGGCAUCUUUGUGGAGCAUUAAUUCCACAUAAUGCCUGACAAAUAAUUUGACUCAAAAGCAUUUGAUUCUUUUAGGAUAGUUUGUUAGAUUUUAGAAAUGUGUAUGCUGGUAUUUGUAUUUGUCUUUCUAUGCAUCUUCACUCUUGAAUGUGCUUGGUUCCUUCUCUGGGAACAAGUAACUUCAUGGAGGUCGUGGAGUCAUGAUGCUGCAACAGAUGCUACACCUCAGGCUCUGAAAAUCCACCUGGAAAAUACUCAUUUUCAUACGUUAGAGAUUAACUUUCCAUUUAAGUCUGGUGGCUUGGUUUUUUUUGUCAGGAUGGUAGUUCUUCCUUACUGCUACUGAGAAAUAAUUUCAUUGCUGUUAAAGAAUGAUUCAUUAGCAUGUGGUUUGCAUUUGCAGGAAGCCAGUCUUGUAGAGACCACAUUCCUGAUACUUGUUUGUUUUUCAAACACGAAAUGCAGAUGUCUGCCUUGUACAAGCAAGUCAAAGGUGUCUGUCUGGGUCUGCCAGGCUGGGGGCUUAAGAUAACCCAUCCAAGGCUGGCAGUGGCACUUCAUCUGUACAAACUGGAGCAGACUGUAUGUGUUGUCAGCAGCAGCCCUGUGCGCCACGCUCCAUCUAAUCACAGGCUUCUGUGCUGGGAGGGAGGGCAGUGCCGCCUGGGCAGCCUUUGUUUUCUGAGGGUCACAUCACUGGUAAAGUUGAGGAAGGUGACAUACCAGAUCUUACACAGCAUGAGCUAAUGCUUCAGUUCAUUAGAAAAAGGAUUAUUUGAACAUUGAAAAUUACUCUUUUUUAUUACUGGGAUUUCUUAGCGGUAAGCAAAGUGGGCAAAUCAGAAAGUAGAGGUGGCUAAGAGCCAAUUAAAAACCCCAGCUACAUCAUGUAUUGGUGCUAUGCUGCUUUAGCUCGCUGAACCAACCGUCCAGCGUUGACAAAUGCCAGUGCAGGACCAGGGUGGUAUCAUGUGGCAGGAAUAGGUCAGUUGUGUUGUGUUGUGAAACUGCACCUCUUCAGUGGGGUAGAAUUAGAAGAGUAAUGAGUAUGCUGACCCUAUGUGUGCAGAGCCUGUCUGUUUUGUAGAAGAAGCAACCAUUGCUUGUUUUUCCUUCCAGGGUUGUGUUGGGGUUGUUGUGUGUCUGUAUUACCAGUACGUUGGAUCCUGUGAUCCACCUGUAGCAGGAUUCAAGAAGGCUUAUGGCUUUUCAGUGGAUGAUUGGGACUGACAGCUUCUCUAGAGAAAAAAAGGAGCUCUUCCUGCAGCUAGGAUGGAAGGAGUUGUGUUUUCUAUAUGGGUAAUAGAGGUUCUAUGUUGAUAGCUUGUCUUGGAGUGCGGGAGGUAGAGCCCUUUAACGUCAGAGGGUGUUUGAAUGCAGAAUGUGCAGACCCCUGGGCUUGCCCAGGUGCUUCCUAGCACAGAGAGGAGUGAGGAGGCAGGGGUCAUGAGCCUUCUGAAUUCCCCUGGAAGAGGUGUCUUGUUUGCAGGAGACCUGUUUUGUUUGAACUCCAUGGGCCUGAUAAAGCCAUGAAGGGGUCAAGAGGCAGGUUGAAGGUCCAGCAGCUCAGCAGAUGCUUGUGGUCUUGGUAUCACAUGCUGUUGCAAAGCUAGUAUUAGUUAGUUUCCACUGGCAGAUCUCAGAGAUUUUGGAAAGGCACAAGUCUAAUGCUGCCCAAUUGCUAGUGGAAGCACGAGUUCAGCCCACCUCAUCCAAACAUGCAAUGGUACAUUCCUCCCAUCACUGCGCAGUGUGCAUGCAGUUUGUCCGGAAGGAGAACUUGCUCUCUCUGGCUUGUCAGCACCAGUUCUGUCGCAGCUGUUGGGAGCAGCAUUGUACAGUGCUCGUCAAGGAUGGUGUUGGAGUCGGGGUCUCCUGCAUGGCUCAGGACUGCCUACUUCGAACACCAGAAGACUUUGUGUUUCCAUUGCUGCCUAGUGAAGAGCUGAAAGACAAAUACAGGCGCUACCUCUUCAGGGAUUAUGUGGAGAGCCAUUAUCAGCUGCAGCUGUGUCCUGGUGCAGAUUGCCCUAUGGUCAUACAGGUACAAGAGCCAAAAGCCCGGCGAGUGCAGUGCAAUCGUUGCAAUGAGGUCUUCUGCUUUAAGUGUCGGCAGAUGUACCACGCACCCACAGACUGUGCUACCAUUCGGAAAUGGCUCACCAAGUGUGCAGAUGACUCCGAAACAGCCAACUACAUCAGUGCUCACACUAAAGAUUGUCCCAAGUGCAAUAUCUGUAUUGAAAAGAAUGGAGGCUGCAAUCACAUGCAAUGCUCCAAAUGCAAGCAUGACUUCUGCUGGAUGUGUCUGGGAGACUGGAAGACUCACGGCAGCGAGUACUACGAAUGCAGUCGGUACAAAGAGAAUCCUGAUAUUGUAAACCAGAGUCAGCAAGCACAGGCCAGGGAGGCCCUUAAGAAGUACUUGUUCUAUUUUGAGAGGUGGGAGAAUCACAAUAAAAGCCUACAGCUGGAGGCACAGACAUACCAACGAAUCCAGGAGAAAAUCCAAGAAAGAGUUAUGAACAACUUGGGAACAUGGAUAGACUGGCAAUACCUACAAAAUGCUGCAAAACUACUUGCAAAGUGUCGUUACACCCUGCAGUACACAUAUCCAUAUGCCUACUACAUGGAGUCUGGUCCCAGAAAGAAACUGUUUGAAUACCAGCAGGCCCAGCUGGAAGCUGAAAUUGAAAAUCUCUCAUGGAAGGUGGAGCGAGCAGACAGCUAUGACAGAGGGGACUUAGAGAAUCAGAUGCACAUAGCAGAGCAGAGACGGAGGACCCUGCUGAAAGACUUCCAUGACACAUAAGACAGGAGGAAGUGACAAAGUGCAGGGGUGAGAGCAGCGAGUGAAGUGAUGGCAGCUUCACCGGGAUAAGCAGGCACUGCCUCUGGGAGAACACGGCCAAGGACAAAGCCACCCCUCCCCUUGCAAGUCAGACACAUGCAAACACCACAUCUUAGUCCAGUUUGUUCUCUUAUCUUUCUGUUUCUGUUUCUGCCAGGCUAGAGGCCAGAUUUCAGAUUGGCAUAUUUCCUGGGACAUUUCCCUGCUGCCCUUGAUGGUUUCAGAAGGGGAGGGAGUUUUUCUCUGAAUGGCUGUUAAUAGUAUUAGAUCAUUACAAUUUAUGUAAUUUUCAACGGUUGUACAAUUAUACAGACAAACCUUAGAAUAACACACAACCCUUUUUAAAAAUAAAUUGGCAGUGGAGUGUUUUUCCUUAAUCUGCUUGUAAAUUUAAUGGGCUUUUCCCCCUCUCCCUCUCCCUUCCUCUGACCCAAAAAUCCUCCUAGGCACUGAAGGAGGUACAAAAUAUCUCAGCUAGAUUUCCUGAUGCUCCUUUAACCAGGGCAUUGUAGCAUUGGCAUUGCACGAGGAGAGUGGCUGGCGUUAAGAGUGGCUGCUGCUGUGUCUGACCCAACAGUACCAGCGGUGGCCAUGAUUUAGUAUGAUUACAUGUGACAUCUCUUUUCUUGUAAAUCAGCUGUGCAAAAUCCUGCUACACAAACAAAAGCAAACAGAGGAAUUGUAGGGGAGAGACCAGGCUAACACUGGGGGAUAUGCCUUGAAUCAGGUCAGAUUCUGCAUUUGAUGAAUUUUAGGUCUUCCAUGUAGAUUUUUGCUUUACUUGUUUUUGUGGGGAGGAUGUAUUGCCAAAGUGAGUGAUGAGGGAAUAGUAGCAUACAGUUGUUAAUCAAGGCUUGGGGCUUUUGCAGAGUGAAACAAUCCAUUUUAUAACAGUGCCAUGCAGCCUGGUAAAGAUUAUUUGUGCCUGCCGGGUAACAUGGCUAAGAAAAUUUGAUCCAAUUCAUCAAGGUGAGACUAAACACUGCUACAUUAUGAGGAGGAAAGAUUAUGUACAACACACUCCCUGGCACAUGUUGGCAAUGUGGACGGGCACUUGAAUACAGGUGCACUGCUUGUGCAGAGCCUGCACCAAGCCAUGCAGAAAAUUAACUAGCAAAAUUAAUUUAUUUGUAUAUUAGUAUUGAUACUGGUGGGGACUUAUCAGAAAAUUGAUUGUUAGGAGCAUGUGGAGCUUUUUUAUUAACAUUCUUUUUUCCUAAUGUAAAAUAUACACUAAAAUAAAAAUAUGAAAACCUAGUUCAUCUUACUAGGGAUUAACAUGAAAAAGGUUACUUAAGUGCUGAUGCUUGCCUGUUUGCUACAGGAAGCAGGCCACACAUUAAGAUUUCACAGGCAUGUAUGUCACCUGCACCAGGAACAUGUUGUUUGCAGCCAUUAAGGUGGAGCUGGAGUCUGAUCUGAGGAAAUCUUCACCUCUGUGGGGAACUCACAGAAUUCUCUUCCAUGCUGUAUAUGGAAGUGUUGUCUUUGAUGCAUCCCUGUACUGCUCUUACACAAUGUCACUUGAUAAAGAUUAAACUGAAGGGGGGGGAAGUGCUAAAUUCCUGCACUUCAGAAUAAGCUAACUCUGCUGUUGGAGCCUUUUUCAUGUACCUGAGACAUGCGACCCAGGUAUUUACAGCAUGUAUAAUUGGGCAGACAGAUUUUAACAAGAGAGGUGUGUUAGUUUAAAAGAGCAGCAGCUGUCAUAGGAGCUAAUCCUGUGGCCCUGCUUGUUGUACACAGCAGAAAAUUUCAAACUGAGAGGCCUUUUCCUUCCUCCCUCCCUUCCCUGGUGUGGGAUGUAUCCUCAGGGAACGGGGGAAACAUACCGCCGAGGAGCUGCUGGCAGUGGAGUGGGGGUUACAACAGAAGCGGCUGAGGGUAGAGCAGGGUUGCAGAGAGGUGGCUGCAGCCAGGAAGCGGGGCAGGGAGGGAGUCUGUGGUUUCUGGGAGCGGUGCUGCUUGCUUCGCAAGAGAUCUCUGUAACUGUGGCUCCUUGUGUUCCUGCUCUGUCCAGUUCUGGCUCCCCUCUAGGCUGGAGCCGUACAGGUAGAUAUGUCCUUGGUCUAGCCACUGUCUCCAGACUUCAUUCCCUUCUCUGCUCCCAGCAGCAGCCUCUUUUUGCUCUCUUCAUGAUAUAUUCUAGAGGUCAGUCUCUUCCUUCCUCUCCCCUUCCCAAAUGAUUGUCAAAGUCUGGGCGCACUGGACCCAGGGGAAGGUAUAGCACAGGGGAAGGCUUGCUGAGACCCAGCAGUUUGCAGUGUGUAGAACCAAUGUUUAAACUGUUAUUUAAAAAUGUAAUGUGCAAAGUACUAAUUAGGAUAAAAGCUGGUGUUCUUGUUGGCUAAACGUAACUAGUGUAACACCUAAUCUCUUUGCAGAACAGGUAUGUGGAGUUUCCUAAUCCCAAAGAGCUCUCACUUCUGUUACAUAAUUGUCCAGCUUUGAGCUAGAUGAGAAUAGGGUUUUGUUUCUCUCCCUCCCUGCCUCCUUCCCUCCUUCCCUCUCCCAUGCCCCCACAAAAUGCUUUGCUAUGAAUCCUUGUUUGUAGACAAGCUAGACCGUAUAGUUGUGGCCAAACUUACUGAACAGACUGCUGAGGUGCUUGGCUGAGGGACAGUAAUAAAUAUUGCACAGUGCACCCCCUAAUUCUUUCAAAUUUUCUGAAACUAGAGCUUUGUGAGCAGUUCUGUUUAUUUUAAAAGAAAACAAAACACCCUUUCUGAAGGUGGUGAGAGUCCUGGUUUGCACGCACAGAUCCUAUUUCUAUACUCUGUGGGAAAACAACAGGACUUGCUUGCUUUGGCAGCCCAGGCAGGGUGACUUCUGUGUUGGUGUUGUACAGAAAGUCCUAGGCUCCAAGAUGAAACCUGCAGCACACUGAGAGUAUUGGCGCUCUGUAAAGUGGCUGACACUGCUUGAGAAGCAGGUGACAGGAAGGAAACGGGAGUUCUCGACGCCAAAAGACGAGGCCAGUUUUUUUUCCCCCCGAUAGGUACAUGGCCCUACUCAAGUCGGCAAGGUUACAUGAAUGUAGGUGAAUAGAAAGUGGCUCAGGAGCCAUUAAUUCUGAGGUACGAGUUUCCCUUUGGUGCAAUACAGCUACAGAUGUGGAAUGUUUGCGCUCUCUUUUUUUUUUUUUUUUUUUUUACCUUUUGCACUUGUUUCCAGUUCCUGCGCCAGCCUGACACCUCUCCAUCCUUGCAUCUGAUACUCUUUUAUUUCAGCUUCGCUUGUGUUAGUGCAUUGGCUGCCUCAUCUCUAAUAGUCCUCAGGCUUCCCAGACUGUAACAAAAAAAUUUUCUACUGAUGACGUAAACUGCAUGACUGCUGCUCUGCGCGGUGGCACGUGCGCUGUGCCCACGCCGGGACAGGGGCAGCAGGAGGUUUCUGUACUAUAGUCUUGCACUCUUAAAUUUUAGACUUUUUAAGCAGGUGAAAAAAAAAUAGAACUUUAUUUUUAAAUGAGGCACUUGUUCUGGGAAUUCCUUUCCUCGCCCCCGUCCGGUUCAGGCUGUGGGGCGGCGUGGGUGGGGGGCUGCGCUGUGGGGGUGCCCACAGAGCUGCUGCCACCCCUCGCUUUUCUUCGCAGGCACUGGAGAGGGGCAGGGGCGGCGGAAACCGCCCGGGAGACGGUUGCCAGAGGUGUGCCCUUGGUUUAUUUGAAAUAAAUUGUGACUUUCUAACUUC